AUGACAACUGACGAAACCAAGAAACCAGCUCUUGACCAACCGCCACAGAGUCUUUCUCUCUCUCAGCCAUAUACAUCACCUGUCCUUUGGAAUACCAAAGAAUUUUACUUUUAUUACCUAUGUUUUGCAACGGUUAUUCCAUACAUGUUCUAUUCUGCCUACCGUCUCGGAAGAGAGGACAAUCCAAACUAUGAGAAAUAUUCAGACUUAUUAUCAGAGGGGUGGUUAUUUGGGCGUAAAUUGGACAAUAGCGAUGCUCAAUAUGCACAGUUUCGUGCCCAUUUGCCUGUAUUGCUGUGUUUGAUGGCAAUAUACCUUCAAUUGAGCCAUACAAUCGGAAGGUCCACCACAAAAUCACCUACGCGACGCAUUAAUUUUUCCUUGAUAUCCUCAUUGGUUGUUGUCACUGUGUUUCACGGCACAAGUAUCCUCAAAAUCCUGGCAAUCGUUUCUACAAACUACAUGAUCGCAAAACUGACAGGAGGAACCAAAUGGAAUCCAAUCCUGACAUGGACAUUUAAUCUGCUGAUAUUAUUUAUGAAUGAAUGGUACCAAGGUUAUUCGUUUGCUGCACUUGGACCUGCAUUUGCUUGGAUGGAUAAAUAUGAUGGUGUUCAAUCAAGGUGGCAGAUUCUGUUUAAUUUUUCUACACUUCGUUUGAUUUCAUUCAAUAUGGAUUAUUAUUGGCAAUUCCAGAAAUCAAGGUUAGAUUAUGAGAAAAAAGACCAUCUUAUACAUCCACCCACUGACAAGGAACGUACCACAAUCCCCUGCUAUGAAUCCGAAUACAACUACAAAAACUUCUUGGCCUAUGUCCUCUACACACCUCUCUAUCUCUGUGGGCCUAUUAUUACAUUUAAUGAUUUUAUAUCCCAGAUCCGUGAGCCUUCUCAAAAGAUCACCCGUAAAUCUGUUGGACUCUAUGCAAUUCGUUUGGCCUGUGUUAUAUUUGUGAUGGAACUUACGUUACACACAUUGUACGUUGUCGCUAUCAGCAAAGCCAAGGCUUGGGAAGGUGACACGCCGCUUGAGAUGAGUAUGAUCGGGUAUUUCAAUUUGAUCAUCAUUUGGAUGAAACUUUUGAUCCCUUGGCGCUUCUUUCGCCUGUGGGCAAUGGCCGACGGUAUCUGGACAGGAGAAAACAUGGUCCGGUGUGUCAGCAACAACUUUUCGGCCCAGAGAUUCUGGAAAAGCUGGCAUCGUACCUACAAUCGCUGGACAGUGCGGUAUAUCUACAUUCCCUUGGGUGGUGCAAAGUACAUGAUGUUCAAUAUGUGGGCCGUAUUUACCUUUGUUGCACUUUGGCACGACAUUGAACUCAAGCUACUGGCUUGGGGAUGGCUCAUCUGCAUCUUCCUUGCCCCAGAAAUCAUUGCUUCCGCUAUGUUUAGUUAUAAAAAGUUUGGACAAAAACCUUACUAUCGUUUUGUGUGUGGAAUUGGAGCAGUUGCUAACAUUAUGAUGAUGAUGAUUGCAAACCUGGUCGGUUUCUGUGUCGGACUGGACGGUAUGAAGGAGAUGCUCCAAAAAAUCUUUGGAACCGUGCCAGGUCUUAUUUAUUUGGUUUCUGCAUCGGCCUGCAUUUUCAUUUGUGUCCAAGUCAUGUUUGAGCAACGCGAGUCUGAGAGAAGACGAGGCGAUAUCAAAUGGACCAUGUAA